AUGGUUGCUAAUUGUGAACAGUACAAUGGCAAACGAAGCAUUUUGGGUCGAUUAGCUAAUCGUCUUCUUCACUAUUUUAAAGAAUGUUGGUCUGAAUGUCAACCAGUUACACCACAACUAGAUGAUGAUAUAGAUGCUUUAAAUCAUAGAGAAAAUCCAUUAAAAAAAUCAACAAUUAUAACACGAGAUAAAAAUAAUAAUACAAGAACUAGAAAAAAUUAUCGACAAUUAGCUGGUCUCAGUGAUGACGAUGAUGAUGAUAAUGAACCUGAAUAUACACCAAUGCCAAGUUCAAAACGCGCUCGUCAUUCAACUUCUUCUGUUCCAAUAUAUAUCACUGUUGAUCCCAAUUCUCCUGCAUAUGUUGUUUAUCAUGAUCAUUCAUAUUUUGUUCGUCUUGAAUCAAUAAAUUCAUCAGUAGAUGAUGUACAACGACGUAAAACAUCAAUUCCCAUAAAUAAUAUACAAGAAAAACCAUCUUUACCAUCUGUUCAAGUUCUUAAUCAAUUACUUCUUGAACGUCCACAAAUAGCGAAAAUUUCUCAAUCAGAUUCUUCAACAUCAACAAAUCCUAUUGAUAUUACUGCUAUUCUUCGUGCAUUAUUAGUGAAACAAGGACAUCAAUUAACAUCAACUAUACCAAAAGAAACAAUUGAAACUAAAAUAAAUGAUAAUACAUCUUCGUCUCCAUCAUCAACAACUACGUCAUAA